AUGAAGGAAACACUUCGAGUUAAAGAUGAAGAACUUCAACAAUUAGCCAAAGAAUUACGUGCAAGAGAUUCAACCAUACGUGAGUUAGCAGACAAGUUCACUGAGACAGCUCAAGCUGCUGAAGUAGCUGCAUCUGCAGCUCUUGCUAUGGAUAAAGAGAGGAGACUUGCUUCCAUAGAAAUUGAACAACUGACCAAUGAUUCAAAUAAGAAACUUCAAGAAAUCAUUUUUAAGUUAAAAGAAUCUGAAGAAAAGGUUGCAACAUUUAGCAGAGAUAGAGAGAUCCUGUUCAAGAAGAGAGACUCUGCUCUUCAAGAGGCAUAUUUUUGGCGUUCUAAGCUCGUAAAAGCUAGAGAACAUGAUGUUUUAUUAGAAGCGAUUGUAGUUCAAGUUGAAGAAAGGACCAGGGUUUCACAGGUAGAUGCAGAAGCUAGGUUAAAAGAUGUCGCUGAAAAAACAUUGUUCGCUGCAAAAGAAAAAGAAGAUCUGUUAACAUUUGUGACUGCUUUGCAUUCUCAAGUUCAAGGGCAACAAAGUUUUACAAAACAAGUGCUGGAAGAGAAACCCGAGUCAACCUCAGGCUUCAUCAAAACGGUGCCAAUGACGAAACAUGCAGACUUGGAAGACGAUGUCGAUAAAGCUUGCUUAAGUGAUUCAAAACUCAUUCGGGUUUCUGGUGACAACAUGCAAUUGACUAGCAAUGGUGUCGAUAUUCGUACCAUUGUCAUUCCUCAUAACCCUGUGUUUCAUGGGAACACUAAGCAUUUCAACAUCAAGUUAUUUUUUCUAAGAGAAGUGCAGAAAGAAGAAUUUGUGAUUCUGGUUUACUGCAAAUCUGAAGAUCAGUUGGCAGAUUUGCUUACAAAGUCACUUCCUAUCAGCAAGUUUAAGAAUCUAAGGCAGAAACUUGGUGUUCGCAGAUCCUAA